UCCUCUCUCGGGUCAGGUUAUCUGUUCCAUGCAGGACAGAGAGCUCUGAUUCAGAACCAGCAAUUCACUCUUUCUCCCCUCACCUCCACAGGCUUGAGAAUAUGCUGUUCCUGCCUCCCCUUUUCACCAUGGACCCCACAGUGUGGCCCUUCUCUCAGAACCUCUGAGAUUGGUACCCAGGCAAGGCACAAUGCCCACGUCCCCAACAAGACUGCCUAGUCCCUAUGGCUCUGAUCGGCUGGUACGGCUAGCAGCCAGGCUCCGGCCAGCACUAUGUGAUACCCUGAUCACAGUGGGGAGCCAGGAGUUCCCUGCCCACAGCCUGGUGCUGGCAGGUGUGAGCCAGCAACUGGGUCGCAGGGGUUGCUGGGCUCUGGUGAAAGGCAUCAGCCCUUCCACCUUUGCCCAACUUCUGCACUUUGUUUAUGGGGAGAGCCUAGAGCUGCAACCUGGGGAACUGGGGCCCCUUGAGGAGGCAGCCAGAGAGUUAGGGGUGCAGUCCCUGGAAGAGGCAUGCAUGAGGGCUCGAAGAGAUACGGCCAGAAAAGAGCUGGGUCCAGGGCUGAAGGAACAACAGGAGGAGCCAGAGAAACCCACAAGGGAUUCUAUGAGAGGAGUGCGGGGCUUUGGAGAGAAGCAGAGACCACAGAAGUUUGUUAGAGCUGGUGGGAAAGAACAGGAGACGUUGCACAGGCACAGGCCACCAAGAGAGAGCCCUGAGAUGGCAGAGGCAACUCUGGAGGAGCAAGGGGAGCAGAUGAGACCAGAGGAGAAACUCAACCAAUCCCCUGUUGGCCGCGGAGGAGUAGAUGGGAAGCAAGAAGUGAUCAUGUGGGUGAGGGACAGUCCAGGGGGCUCUGAGGAAAGUCUGCGGGAGUUCCCUGGCCCCCUUCCCCCACCAGGUUCCCUCCAAACCGGCAUCACCCCUAGGCCCUGGUGGGCUGAGGCCCCUUGGUUGGGGGAGGGCCAGCCUGCCCUGUGGAGCAUCCUGCUGUUGCCGCCCAGAUAUGGCACUCCCUUCUCCCAUAGCACCCCCAUGACUGCAGCCCAGCAGGAGGUCUGGCCUCGGGACCAGAGAAAGGAAUUGGCCAGGAUCCCAGGUGUAGCCGAAGCUGUAACUCUUCCCCAUCCCACUCCCAGGAUCCCACUGUCCCUGAGCCUCCACAAAGGCCUCUGGAGCCAGAACCAGUUGGCCUCCUGCAGCCCCACCCCAGGUUCCCUCCCCCAGGGCCCCACACAGCUCAGCCCUGGGGAGAUGGAAGAGUCUGAUCAGAGGCACACAGGUGAACUUGCAACCUGUGUGGGUCAUGUGGGCACAGCAAGCCACCCAUCUCACCAACACCCUCCCCCACCCCCUCCUGCUCGGUCUCGGCCCUAUUCUUGUUCUGUCUGUGGAAAGAGGUUUUCACUCAAACAUCAGAUGGAGACGCACUACCGUGUCCACACAGGAGAGAAGCCCUUCUCCUGUAGCCUCUGUCCCCAGCGCUCCCGGGACUUCUCAGCCAUGACCAAGCACCUGCGGACGCAUGGGGCCGCACCCUACCGCUGCCCUCUGUGCCAGGCCGGCUGCCCCAGCCUGGCUUCCAUGCAGACGCACAUGCGCGGCCACUCGCCCAGCCAGCUCCCGCCGGGAUGGACCAUUCGCUCCACCUUCCUCUACUCCUCCUCCUCCUCCUCGAGGCCAUCUCGGGCCUCGACCUCUCCUUGCAGGCCCCCUUCCUCAACCACCUGACAGGGUGUCAGUAGCUUCUUUGGCUUCAGCCAAGCGUACAGAAUGAAAGAUGGGCCGGCGGGCCUGCUAGGCUUCUGACCUCGCACCGCGGCUACGGCCGCCUAGCAAACUCUGCUCCAAGAAGCGUCGCAGCAAGGGCGCCAAGAGCCCUCUCCCAGAUGACCGCGGGCCACAGAAACCUGGGCCAGCGAGCCCGUGUGGGGUGAGGGCAGUGAAGUGUGCACGAGUGAAGGUUAACUGUGCGGGGACUAGCGGUUCAUCACCAAAAUAAAGAGUUUCCUGUGCCCUCCUCUCGGGACCAGAAAGCCGAGUCCGGACUUUAGCCUGCGGGCGGGGGACAGCCUUGCCCCUAGUCCUGUAGCGGCCCCUGGUGGUUCAUCGCGGCGGCCACCUCCUCCGUCUCCCGGGGCUCCCUCUCCUCCCCCAGAGGCAGAGGGCCGCGAGGACUCGGCGUCCAGGCCGACUUAGCAGCAAGCCCUGUGUGGGGAGGCUGUCAGAACCCAAGUUACCCGUCCCUUCCACAGCAAGCAACUGCGCGCGGAGUCUGAGUCUGGGCCUCCAGCCGGGGGCUCGAGAGGAACGCGUGCUCCGCCCUGCUUUCGGCCACCCUCCUCCUUUCCUAGCACAAGAGCCGAAAGGCCGCAGCCUCUCCAGCAUCCUCCCUCCAGGCUGUACGAAACGGCUGCCGGGUUUAGCUCCGAACUGAGACUAAUCUUUUGCCGCCGCCCCUUACCCAGCCCACGCCUCCUGCAGUACCGAACUUCAUUUUCCAGUGUCUCUGGUGUUCCCAGGGUCCGAGGCCCACCGCACUCUGGGAGUGGUAGUUCACACGGGCCGCUGGCCUCGACAAGAACAAUGGGAGGAGUCUGGGUCAAGAACCACAUCUCCCGGUGGCCCCGGAGAUCGCUUUCUGGGUCGGGUCAGGACCCCAUGGUCCCAGCUCUCGCGGCCCUAGCUCGCCAGGAAGGAGCGAGGCGCUCGAACUACAUUUCCCAGAGGGCCCUGCGCCUCAUCCUCUCCCGCCGCGACGCGGGAGUCUA